AUGUGGUCAUUCUACUUGUUGGGUCUCUAUGCCAUACAAUGGCUGCUUCUCGCCCUUCCAACUGAGAGCCGCAACGUAGUUGUGCACAGAACUGCGAAAUCCACAAAACAGUUGUACACUACACCUUCUCUCAUUGACGCUACCGUUGAUGAGCUCGCCGAAGGUCUUGAUAGUGGCGCUUUCACCAGUGUCGACCUUGUAAACGCCUACAUCGCGAGGAUUCUGGAGGUGAACAGCACUCUUCACGUUGUCACUGAGAUCAACCCCGAUGCCAUCGCCAUUGCAGAGCAACUUGACAACGAGCGAAAGAAUGGCACUUCCAGAGGUCCACUCCACGGAAUUCCAAUUCUGAUCAAGAACAACAUCGCCACUGCUGACCAGAUGAACAAUACCGCUGGUUCUUGGUCCCUCGUCGGUGCAAAGGUCCCUCGUGAUUCGCAGGUUGCCAGGAAAUUGCGCGAGGCCGGUGUGAUUAUCCUCGGGAAGACCAACCUGAGCCAAUGGGCAAAUUACCGCUCGAACAACUCGACCAACGGCUGGAGUGCUUACGGCGGCCAGGUGUAUGGUGCCUUCUACCCGAACCAGGACCCAAGUGGGAGUUCCAGUGGAAGCGGCGUAUCCUCUUCGAUUGGUCUCGCACUUGCGUGUCUCGGUACUGAAACCGACGGGUCGAUCGUCUCGCCCUCGGAUGUCAACAAUCUUGUUGGAAUUAAGCCAACGGUGGGAUUGACCUCGCGCAAUUUGGUCAUUCCCAUCUCAGAACACCAAGACACGGUUGGACCCAUGGCGAGAACCGUCAAGGACGCAGCUUAUAUCCUCUCUGCCAUCGCCGGCCAGGACCCUUACGACAACUACACGUCUGCUAUUCCUUUCAACGGCAGUCUCCCUAACUACGUCGCGGCUUGCAAGGAGGGUUCCCUGAGCGGUGCUCGCAUCGGCGUUGCCCGCAACCUGAUGGACGCCUCGUUCGGGACCGACACAAUAGCCAACGCCAGCUCCAGCGCCGAUCUGGCAGCUUUCCAAGUAGCCCUCGACGUUCUCCGCGACGCGGGCGCCACCGUCGUUGAGGGCGCCAACUUCACAGCAGUGGACCAGUGGUUCAACGACUCCAGCACGGAGACCAUCGGCCUCGACGCGGACUUCAUUGUCAAUCUCGUGUCGUACCUGGACGAGCUCACAGAGAACCCGAACAACAUCACCGAUCUUAUCACCGAGACGGCCUUCACGCAUGGUUUCCCCGCCGAGGAUUGGCCGGACCGUGACACGGCGAUUUGGGAUGGCGCCCUCGCCCGUGGCUUCAACAACACCAGCCCUCAGUUCUGGGCGGCCCAUUUGAACAACCUCGCCGUGGGUGGUCCGGGUGGUAUCCUGGGUGCUUUGGAGAGGGACAACCUGGACGCGGUGGUCUCACUGACGUCCGUUUCGUCGUCUUUUCCCGCGCUCGUUGGCAGUCCUAUUAUUUCUGUCCCUCUUGGAUUCUUCCCGAACGGGACGACCGUGGUCCCUUCACAGAGGGAGUUGAUUGCUACUGCACCCGGCAUACCUUUUGGAUUUGCCUUCAUGGGUGCGAGGUUCAGCGAGGAGAAACUCAUUAGCCUUGCCUAUGAUUUCGAGCAAAAGACUCUGGCGCAGCAGAAAGGAAAGCCUUAUCUAGUCCCUACCACCGAGUUGGCUGACGUGAUUGGUUCCUCCUGA